AUGGCCUCACCAUCCCCAGAAUCAGAGUCGGAAUCAAUAACAAUAACAGCAACAGAGCCAGUGUCAUCACCAUUGCCAUCCAGCAAGACAUCAACAACAGCGGCGACACCAACGAUACCAACGAACAUUUCGCCACAGCUUUAUGAUACCACGAUUGUGACAACCCCGUCCUGGCUUCUCUGGCAAUUUCUAGAUUCAGCGCUUCCGACAGGGGGGUUUAUUGCGUCGAAUGGUCUUGAAGCGUUUGCAAAACUUCAUCCGGAUCAGGCAUCACCUCGGGAUGUGGAGGCCUAUGUGAAUUGGAGUGUCCAUGCAUGUGGCUAUACCAAUUUACCGUUCAUUACAGCUGUUUGGAAAUUAAUGGAUGCGUGGAGUGUGUUGCACAGGAUUAGUAAUAUCGAUCGAGAAUAUGAUGUGUUUAUGAACAAUGCGAUCCAAAAUGCAGCGUCUAGAAAGCAAGGAGAUGGAAUGGUGAUGAUGGGGGUGAAGUGUUUUGCAGAUCAAUUGAAUUAUAAAAAGGAGAGGAGCGGAAGGUUCUUUAAUGAGCUUGGGCCGAGUAUCCGGAUAUUGAAAUCAUUCAAGGCCAUGUUGAGGACUGAGGAAGUCGCGGGUCAUUAUCCAAUUGCAUUCGCAAUGAUUGCCAGAUUGCUAGGCUUUGAUCUAGCAACGACAAGGUAUCUUCAUCUUCAUCUUCAUGCACGGACACUUCUUUCAUCUGCCAUUCGUCUGGCUCUAGUGGGACCUUUUCAAGCACAACAUAUCAUGACGCGAUCACAAGCAAAAGCUCGGUUCAUUGAUGCCAAAACAGCAGAUCUAACGAUCGAAGAUGCAGCCCAAACAUUCUUGGUUGGUGAUAUCUGUGCAGGAGUCCAUGGACGUUUGUGGACAAGACUCUUUAACAGUUGAACAGAUAAUAAG